UUUCUUUACUUUCUAAAUCGUGAAAAUGCCGGUGACUUCGGACGUGCUCACCGAGGAGCUGCACAGAGAGGCUGCAGGUGAAGUGGAGGACCAGAGCAAGGCGGCUGCAGCGGAGCAGACGACGACGAAGAAGAAGAAGAACUUCGGUGUUUUGUGUGAUGAACGCGGGUACCUGGAUCAGAUCGAGUACAUCCUGCAGCACGGCCGCAGAAAGGGGGACCGGACCGGGACAGGAGUCCUGUCUGUGUUCGGUGCACAGGCCAGAUACAGUCUGCGAGACCAGUUUCCUUUGCUGACGACCAAGAGAGUGUUUUGGAGAGGAAUCCUAGAAGAGCUGCUGUGGUUCAUCAAGGGGUCGACAAACGCCAAGGAGCUCUCAGAGAAAGGGGUGAAGAUUUGGGAUGCCAACGGCUCCCGGGACUUCCUCGACAACCUCGGGUUCACAGAGAGGGAGGCGGGCGACCUGGGUCCUGUGUAUGGAUUCCAGUGGAGGCACUUCGGUGCAGAGUACACGAACAUGCACGCAGAUUACACGGGACAAGGUGUCGACCAGCUGCAGAACGUGAUCGACACGAUCAAAAAGAACCCCGAGGACAGACGCAUCAUCAUGUGCGCCUGGAACCCCAAAGACCUCCCCUCCAUGGCGCUGCCCCCCUGCCACGCCCUCUGCCAGUUCUACGUGUGUGACGGCGAGCUGUCCUGUCAGCUGUACCAGCGCUCGGGUGACAUGGGCCUCGGCGUGCCGUUCAACGUCGCCAGCUACGCACUUCUCACCUACAUGAUCGCACACAUCACCGGGCUGAAGCCGGGCGACUUCGUUCACACUCUAGGAGACGCUCACGUCUACGUCAAUCACAUUGAACCUCUGAAGAUACAGCUUCAGCGGGAGAUCCGGCCGUUCCCCGCGCUGAAGAUCCUGAGGCAAGUGGAGCGCAUCGACGACUUCCGUGCAGAGGACUUUGAGAUCUGCGACUACAACCCCCACCCCUCCAUUAAGAUGCAGAUGGCUGUGUGAGAAUGUAAUUGUGAUGAGGUAUGAAAAGGCCGUGUGUAGGCGAUGAGGGCGCUUUAGAAAAAUACAUUUUCACAUCUUUAAAUAAGACUUUAUAGUGUUUGUCCUCCAGUCCCAUUUACACCAUCCAUGUGUUUUUAAAAGUUCAUUCAAACCACAGAAGAAUGCUGUCUGUUACUUCUAGUACUCACACUCUAAAGGAGAAAUAUGUAACUCUGACACCUAAUGUUUGAAAUGGGUACUGCAGUCUAAACUCAAACCCCCGCCCCCUCCUCUCUAGAGUUGAUGCUCACGCAGGUUGCCAUGUGGUGGACACUGAAGCUUCAGUGUUUAUCCAGCUCUGCAUCAGUCUGUAAACCUUUCUGUGUUCUAACCUCUCUCCAUUUUUCAAAAGCAUCUCCAAUAUUGAUCCUAGUUUGAGCACGUUUCUGCUCGUGGAGCUUUUUAGAAACAUGCAGAGGCUUUUUAGGUCGGGUACAAUCACUUCUAUCUGAACCACUUCUCUUGCCCGCUUCCAUCGCUGCAACACCUGUUGACCUGAUAACUGCUCUCAUAUCUGGCAAACUGAGGGGCGUCCAAAACAGCUGUGUUGGGGUGCCUUAAAACCGCCUACCUUCUCUGGUCCAAACAAAUCCAGAGCGUUCAGGACCAGAAUCUAAAGUUAGAAGGAGGACAUACUGGCUGCUGCAUUGUUGUCAGAGAAGCACUUCAACACAGCAUGUUUCUUUAAUAUCUGAUCAUAUAGUAAGCUCACUUUAUCAUUUCAUUCAGUAGAUAUCUUACAGAUUACGUUCUUAUUUAUAAUACAAAAAUGAUCUUGACUUCUUUAAGGAUUUCUGUCGUAAAUCUUCUGAUGUAUUAUUGGCUCUAUUCACCUGAGGACGAACUUUUGGGAUGGUCGACAAACCGCUGGUUAGAUGUGUUUCCAUUUUUCGAUUUUGAAGAUCUAAUUUGUAAAUAAAGAAUUUACCUUU